UCAAACUCAAUGUCACAGAAGGCAGAGACCAGUUAUGGGCCAAAACCAGAGGUGCUUUCAACUACUCAUACCAUCACUACCUUCAAGACAAUGAUUGGUUCCUCAAAGCAGAUGACGACACAUAUAUUGUGGUCGAGAAUCUGCGGUACUUUCUAUCGUCACAAAACGCAUCCGAACCCAUUUACUUCGGAUGUAAAUUCAAACCAUACGUCAAACAGGGGUAUAUGUCCGGUGGAGCGGGAUAUGUGUUAAGCCGACAGGCGCUCAAACUGUUCGCUGAGAAAGGUCUGAGCGAUGGACACCCGAAACGUUGCAAAGAGAGUGAAGAGGGCGGCGCUGAAGAUGUAGAUAUGGGUCAGUGUUUGGAGGAGUUGGGCGUUAAGGCCGGCGAUUCCAGAGAUAGCUUAGGGAGGGGUCGGUUCUUCCCGUUUGUUCCCGAACAUCAUG